CCGUUCCUAGCAUAUCAGAUUCUGUGGAGGAGAAAGAAAAGAAAAAAAAAAGAAAAAAAAACCAAUAUUCAGCUUUCCCUCACUAUGAUACCGGUACCAGUAGCCCACAUCCCCCUCAUUCUCCAUACAUAAAAGCGUUUGUAAUGGUGUGUCACUUCUAAUUGGCAGCAUACUUGUGAUACUUGUGCUCAGCACUGCGCUCAAGACCCGGAGACAACCCCAGCUUCCAUUCCGUUGCAUAUUAACCGAGCAAUAGCCAGCUGCAACCAAGGAAGCGAACGAAUGGGAGUCCGCGCGAUGAGGGCGCUCCCCAGGGAAGAAAAGAAAAGAAAAGAAAAGAAAAAACAAGGAAAGGAUUAUUCCUCUUUCUUUCUUUUCUUCCGCCGUAACUUUUGCCGUGCUCGAGUACAGUACUUGCUGGCGUGCACAUCCUUCUUUUCCUCUUGCUUGCUUCGUGCUUCCCGCUGCACAGGUACCGUACUGCGGGUGUGCUGCAGUAUGAUACAGUAGGGCUUUGUUCCUCGCUCUUAGCUUGAGGCCGUGGCCCUUUGAUUUGUUUUCUCGCGCGUUCAAUUGUUUGUUUCGUCUAAACGAGAAAUAUAAUAAUAAUAUUCCUUUUUCAAUCCCUUUUUGUUCCUUAUAAGUUUGACUGCGGUCCCCAUCUAUUUGUCCCUCGACAUUUGGCUUGCCGGUUAGCUCCACCCAGGCUUCUUGUCUCUGAUCUUUGGUUGUGGAGAAUAAUUCCGGUUUGUCGCUGAAACCUCAGGGAGUGGGAGCGUGUUGGGGGAGGCAGGAACGAGGGAGGAGACGAAGAGUUUCCCACAUCCACGGUGACUGCUUACCACACUCGCAUCCCCCCUUCCCCCACACACGCACUGUUGAGAGGAGGACACGGGAGAGUUAUUCGUGCGUGAGUCGGGGUUUGUGAGAACUUUUUGCGAGGCAUCAUGAGAGGGAACGGCGGGAGGAGGAUAAAGGAGGAAAGGGUGGGAGAGUUGGGGUGCAUAUUGUGAAGGGGGAAUGGGAGGACCGUAAGAGGGAAAGAAAAUGUAGUAGAGGGAGAACUUGGGGAAGGAUUGAAAGGGGAGGAAGGAAAAAGAAAGAGGGUCGUAGAGAUUAUGCUUCUGGCGACAAGGUGCGAGAGAGUGAGCUGCCUGAGAGAACAACUUGAUUGAACAGACCAAACCACACCCCAUUCCAUCACCGCCGCAUCCAACGCUCCUUCCCUCCCUCGACACCCUUCAACGCCUCUCCAACUUCCUCAACCACCCCCCUCUCCCCCCCCUCACUCCCUCUCACUCUCCACGUUUCGAGGAGCCCUUGCCAAACAUCGCCUUCCUUUUAGUUUUUCCUUUUAACCUUCAACAAACCUUCUUCACUCUAGCCAGUCGUUAUUCUGUCCGUCCCUCCCACCUCCCCUCCUCCAUUUGCUACACCUUCCUUCCUCCUCCUCCUUCCUUCCUUACCGUCCGUCUGUAUACUUUGGUGUCCCGACACCCAUCCGCGUCGACCAUGUCGGGCUUUUUCCGUCGCAUCUAUGAUUGGCUACUCCGUAUGUUCUGGUAUGCGACCUUCUUUUCACAUUCAUUCCCCCUCGCUUGCCCUGUGCAGUCCGUUGCUUGCUGCAAGAUCCUGCGCUCGACAGAAAAGACAGAUUGCCGAGCAAGCAGAGCAGAGCAGAAUCAAGCAAGCUGGCGAGCUCGGGAGCAUGGCGUCAUCGGCCCGUUUUCCAUUGGGGAGGGUUUAAAAAAAAAAAAGGAAGGGAGGAGAAGCUGCAACAACGACUGAAGGCUAAUAUGGUUUACUCUUUCUUCCCUUUUUUUUUCUCUCAGGGCUACCGAGAUGGAUGUAACUAUGAUCGGGUUACAGAAUGCCGGGAAGACGUCCUUGUUAAGAGUUUUGGCUGUGAGUAUCUUUUUAAUCCCCUUCCCGGCGGCAGCGGAAAUAGCCUCAAGUUUGCUUGCUAACCCAACACCAUUGCUUACAGGGCGGGGAAUUUACAUACGAGUAAUGUCUUUCGAUACUGGGAACUUUUUUUUUCUUUUUCUUUUCAACAGGAAAAAAAAAAAAAAAGAAUGGAGAGAGCAAUUUUGGAAUGACUAACGAGUGGUUUUUGUUUGUUACUCUAGUUCUAUUCCGACAGUAGGAUUUAAUAUGAAGCGAGUACAGAAGGGCCAUGUUACCUUGAAAUGGUAUGUUCUCCCUUUCCCCACCCACCCUUUCAGCAGGAACAAACAACUGAUUACGGAACGGGCGAAUUUAAAGCUGGGAUCUCGGCGGCCAGCCGCGAUUUCGCUCCAUGUGGGAGCGGUAUUGCCGGGGUGUGAGCGCCAUCGUGUAAUAACCCUUCCCUCCUUCCCUGCUCCUCUCGUGGACCUCGCCUCCACUUUACCCCGACCAACCAAACUAAUUCGGGAAUGGACUGGAAAUAUACAGCUUCAUAGUCGAUUCAGCGGAUGCCUCUUGCAUCCCCGUGGCAAAAGACGAACUCCAUUCCCUGCUACAGAAACCAAUGCUGAACGGAAUCCCAUUGCUGGUGCUAGGCAACAAGUCCGAUCUCCCGGACAAGAUCGGUGUGGAUGAGCUGAUUGAUGUGAUGGAGUUGAAAGAAAUCACGAAUCGGGAGGUUAGCUGCUACGCGAUAUCGGCGAAGGAGGAAACAAACCUAGAUGCAGUGCUUCAGUGGUUGAUCGGCCGGGCAAAGAAAUGAGGUUAAAUUUUUUUCGAUGUUUUUUCCUUCUCUUUCGCUUUCUUUCUCGAGUCUUUUAUGGAGCUUUGGGGAAUAUAUAUAGUUUGGACGGACGGAAUGGAUUGAUAUCCGGGGUACGAAUACCUUGAAGGUGGGAGAAGGGGGGAACCCCAAUGUGACGAACUUACGAAGUGGAUCUGCAGGCAUUUGUUAAUACACCUUUCUUUCCAUUCUUUUCUACUCUUCAAAACUUUGUCAAUUUUUUUUUCCUCUUUCGUCGGAACGCUUUUUAGUCUCCCUUUUUGCCCACCCUUGGAAGCCUUUGAAAACAGCAGUGUUAGCAUACCUACUCAACUACCUGCCCACUACCCAUCUACUACCUAUCUACCAACCUAUUAUCAUACCCGGGGGGCUUAGCUUUACAAUGAGGGGAAUUUACUGUGUUUCUUGGAAUACCUAUCGAUCUGGCUCCGGCAUUAGCU